GAUCAUAACUCUACGCUUCUUAAUACUUUGUUUAACGUGUCUGAUGUUUCGCCAAUAGAAAAUGAGAGAAUGCCACUAGUUGAAGGUAUCACAACUACAUUUACUCGUGAGGAGGAUGAUGAUAUGGAUAUAGAUGAUGACUACAUCCUUAUGUCACCUCCAGACACUGAAAUUCUUGAUAUGUCACUCGUUGGCACGGAAACUAUUUUCAACUUACCAGAUUAA